AUGCAAAGAUGCGAUUGUCUUGCGAGGGCCAUGCAGAGCUUUCGCAACGCCAGCUUCUAUGUGCAUAAGGAGCACAUUCUAGCGGCAGCAAAACGCACUGCUACUGUGCUUACACGUAUCCCGUGGGACCUUAAGCUGCAAGUCCACAGAUGCAGAUUCCAAGCCGUGGGAAAUUCCCCUGAUGCCUUCGCUUACGCCUUAACCAUCCCGUGUACGGGCGUGGAAGAUGUGGAUGCUCAAGCCACAUCACAGCUUCGCGCUGCGCUGGACGCUUUCGACGAGGGCGUGUUCGAGUACCAUAACAGGGCAGCUGCGCAGGCGGCCGGGGGACCACAAGCGGAUGCAGGGUUUAAGGGCGCUGGGGGCCGCGGCCAGAGGCGGACGAGGAGAGAGCAGGCCUAUGCGAGCCGCAUCCCCGAGGACCGCCAAUUCUUCCGCCCUGUGGAGGUUCAGAGCGCCGAGUGGGCCGUGUUCAAGCCGCACUUGUGGCUGCGGGGCCGCCAGGUUCCGGCAACCGAGCCCGCACCGCACUCGCACCCAUACGCGCACAUGCACACGCCGCCGCCGUCGCCGCCGCCGCUGUCAACCGGGAGUCCAGGCGGUGAGCACAGGCCUGCAGCGGCUGGCGUCAGCAGCAGCAGCGGCGGCGCCGCCGCCGCCGCCGCCAAGGGCGGCAGCCGCGCGGUAACGGCGGCGGCAGCGACAACUGCGAGCGGAGAACUUGCCGUAUUUGGCAGCAAGAUUCGGUUGACGCCUCCGCCUGCGGGACUGUCCGGCACGCAGGAGGAGGUACUGGCGUCGGACGGCACGUUCGAAGAGACCUUUGUCGUACAGCACGACGAGUGGGAGGCGCACGUGCCGGCCCACCUGCGGCGGCGGCGAGAGCGGCCGCGUGACGAGAAGGCGGUUGCUAUCGGCCUGCCGCCUGUGGAACCCAAGAGCGCCGUACUGUACGACAUUGCCGAGACGCUGCUGCCGGAGCUAUGGACGCGGCUGGCGCCGCUGCUGGCGCCGUUCCUGAGCCGCCUGGAGACGGAGCGGCGGAACCAGCCCGACGACGGCGGCGGCGGUGUACGCGCCUCGUCGGCUUUCCGUGGCGCUGGCGGCGGCGGCGGCGAGUUCGAGAUCAUCACCUUCAGCUCCGAGUCGCCAUCGGAUAAUGCCAAGCUUGCCGCGGACAGUACGACAGCGGCAAGUGGCGGUGGCGGUCGCACACCGCCGCCGGGGCCGCCGCCGGUGUUGCCGCGAGAUCUGCUGCCGCUGGACUCCGCGCUGGCGCCGCCGCCGCUGCCGCGUGGCGCACUGCUGCAGCAGCGGCCGUCGGUACCGCCGGUGGCGCCGCUGAUCCUUGGCGGCGCGCCGUCCUUAUCACCGCUGACGUCACCCUCCCAUUCGCACUCCCACUCGCGGUCGACCUCUGUCUCCCAGGCCCCCCUGCGCUGCUCAUACAGCGGCGAGUUCGCUGCGGCGGCGGCGGCGAUAGCGGCAGCGGCAGCGCAGCCGCAGCUGGCUCCCCUGACGCAACCACCUCUAGCCCCGUUGCACGUGCCAAACGCCACUGGCUUCGGGUCUUCGUCUCCGCAAACGUCUCAGAAGACGCUUGUGGGUGCUACAGCAGCACCGUUUCAAUUGACCCACGGGUCGCAUGGCUCGCCGGCGGCAGCGCCGCCGCCGCUGGCUGCAUCUUGUUCAUCCGGUUCCCCCUAUCUCGUGGCGCACCAGCUGCUAGGAAGCUCUUCCGCCGGCCAGUCGCCAUCACCAUCGCACGGUCAACAAAACCCAUAUCAGCACCCGCAUUCACAUUCGUACACUCACACGUCGCAAGUCCAUACGGCAACCUCCUUGCCAGCUGGAUCAACGGUGGCGGCGGCGGGCGACGCACUAAUGCUGGUGGGCCUUGUGCCGCUGCGUGCUACAGCCUCGACUGGCACCGGUGCGCCGGCUCUCCAUCACCACCAGCAUCAGCACCAGCACCAAUCGCAGCAUUACCCCUCCCCGCAACCGUCCCAGCUACAGCACCAGAACCAGCAGCAGCAGCAGCAGCUGCAACAGCCGCUGCAAUCGGCUGCCAUCCCCCCUGUGAACCAGCAGCAGCCAUUGCCGCGACGCGUGCCAUCGCUGAGCGUCAUGUCCGUGCAGCCGCCCUAUGCCGCCUUGAGUGCGAGCUCCAGCUCACCAGGCGCGGCUAACUCCGGCGGCACCCAGGCGUCCUCCUCUUCGGGGCCGUACGGAGAGGUCCCCUGGUAUAUGUAUAGCACCAUCAACCACCACCACCAUCACCAUCACCACCACCACCACAACAACAACAACCCCGCCGGGCCUUCCCCGGUUGCCGUACUCGCGCAGCACUCCCGUUUCAUUGCCGUACAGGGAACAGUGGUACCAGGGGCCGGCGGUGGAUGCGGCGGCUCGCCGCCACGCACACGUCAAACCAGCCUUGGAGGCGGCUUGACCCCCGCAGCAGGGGCGGCGGCUGCGGCGGCCUCAACGGCAUCUCCUGCAGGACCUGCCGCUGCUGGUGGCGUUAGCAGCACCAGCGGUGGCACUGCCGCUAUCGCUGGUGGCGGCGGGGGCCGGGGCGGCGGCGGCGCCUCAGCCGUAGCGCGUAGCCGAGCUCCUAGCACUGUUGCAAACGCUGCCGUGGGUGCCGUUGCCCAUCAUUCCGUCCACUUGGCGCCGCUGGCGGCGGCCGCCGCCACCGUCGGUUCUGCAGCGGCACCGCAGCUGGUACGGCAGCAGCAACAGCAGCACCAGGUAUCCCACGUGCAACCGCCGGGCCUAGCGUCCAGAAAGACAUCAAGCGACCUGGCAGCCCCGCCCCAGCAGCAAUUUGGGACCAGCGCUACCGCCGGCACUGCCGCCGCGGCUGCUGGUGUUGUUUAUCCUUCCGAGUCCAGCGUGGAAAGCGCUUCAGUAAUUUCACGUAACAGGUUCGUGUUCAUGCAGUCCUCCGGGUGCAACGAACCGUGGCCGCCGUGGGGGCCUGUCCAAGAAACGACGACAUCCUUUUCAUCGCCGCCACCGCCCCCUGCCUCUGUGACAACCAACGUCGCAUUCGGAAAGCCCGCCUUCAGCUCCUCCGUUUACAUGGGACAGGAUGCCUACGGACCCUCCCGAGCCGUGGAUGGCGUCGCGGAUCACACGUCCAUGUACAUCAGUCGGUUUGGCGACGUAAAUCCCUGGCUGUCCGUCGACCUCGGCGAGGCCUUCAUCGUCAGCCGCAUCGUCCUAUCCUUGCGCGAGGACUGCUGCGGCAACGAGACAUGCCGGGCGGAGAUCACGUACAACAGCCUGGCUUAUAAGAUGCCCGGCUCCGGCGUCACCGGCGGUUUUCUGGACAUCACCGUCAGCCCACCGUUGAUCGGACGGUUCGUGACGGUGCAGAACUUUAACCCUGCCGUGAACACUUCUCGGUUGGCGGUUUCAGAGCUGCUGGUGUACGGCUAUCCUGCAGAGCCGCAGAACGAUAUUAAGGCAAAAACACAAAACGAGAAACAGAGAGGGAAGCUAGCUAGCUCGCAGUUGACACAGAGUCACACACACGUGGCUGCUAUGCCACCGGAGGGAGCAGCCGACUUUGACCGGGUUUGGGAGGGUGGGCUGCGGCGUUGCAUUAUGGACGAAACGAACCUCCUUACCAAUGCAGUUCGCCUGAAAAUGCCAUAUGGCAGGGUGGCGCAUCUGCCGCCCGGUGGUACAGCCGGUGUGCCGUUUGGGGUUAUUGAGGCGUUUGCCGGCUGGUCUGCCAACUCGGCAGCCCUUCAUGGGAACUGCUUGGGCUUCGGUGUGCGAGCUUCCUGCAGCAUUCUGCAGUACGGCGCUGGGUACGGUGACGAUAUCCGCGCACUGAAGACCCUCAUCCUGCCCGAUGAGGGCGCCUGCUGUGAGGCCUGCUACACCGCCCCCGACUGCAUGUUCUGGGACUACCAACACAGCAGCAAGACCUGCCGGCUCAAGGACAACGAGGGAGCUCUCGUUCCUCCCGGCCACAUCUACCCAGGAUUCUGGCGUGAUGACGGCCGAGUGGCCGGGGCGAAACGAGUCGUUUCUACGUUCAAGCGUCACAACGGUCUGGUCUUCACUCCCGACAACAUUACCAAAUGGAUAUGGUCUCGCCCAGAUGCGCUGUUCAACCCCCAGCCCACCGACGCCGUCUAUUAUUUCGCACGCAGCCUCUACCUGCCGGCCGCCCUCUCCGGUGUACAAGUGCGCAUCGUCGUCGACGAUAAUGUAACCGUCAUAGUGAACGACCAGGUAUGGCCGCCGUCCGCAUUCUGGCCCAACAUCGCCAACAUCACCGUCAACUUCGCCGCCGGCUACAACCUCGUACUGCUCCGCUGCUACAACCGCCUGAGCUAUGCCGCCGGCGCCGCCGCGUUCUGGGCGCCGAACGGCACGCCCCCAGUUCCACCUCCGCCCCACCUCAAGUCAGACUGCUACGUGGGCUGCUAUAUGGACAGCGCCGACCCACGGGUCCUACCCAUAGUGCUGCUCACCGCCGACAACAUGACCAUCGACCUGUGCCGCCAGCUCGCCUUGGAGGCUGCCCAACUGCUAGUCGGCGGUUUGUCGUACUACGGCCUCGAGGCUGGCCGCCAGUGCUUCGGGGGCAACGACCUAAGCCAGGCCGUCUCUCUGGGCGCCAGCUCCUCUUGCACGUGGUCAUGUGCGGGGAACCGCCGCCAGGUGUGCGGCGGCGACUGGGCGGUCAGCGUGUACCGCACCAUCUUCCCACCGCCGUCGCCGCCCGUGCCGCCGUCGCCACCGCCACAUGCCCUGCCGCUAGGGGACUUCGUAGGGUGCUUUUCGGACUCUGACCCUGUCCGCUCGCUGCCGGCCCUUCUGGAGGUGUCCCCGGCUAACAUGACGGUGGACCGCUGCCGGCAACUAGCGAAGGAAGGAGGCUUUGAAUACUUCGGCCUGGAAAGCGGCGUCGAGUGUUACGGGGGUGACAGUCUGGAAGCUGCCUGGGUCAACGGACGAAGCAGCAGCUGCGACUACGCGUGCACCGGAAACGACUGUCAGAUAUGCGGUGGCAAUUGGGCGGUCAGCAUAUUUAGGACUGAGCUGGCGCUGGCUGACCUCCGUAAGGCGCUGCUGCUUAGGUUGGGUGGGGAAGGAGGAGGGGAGACAGAGGGGGAAGGGAUCCGUGCUUGGAUACAUAAGCGAAGGGCACACUACCUUAUCUCGACCUUAUUGACAAGUAAUACAAAGACCAUAUGCAGCUUUACAUUACCCUUUCGAACGUUUGCUGCCUCGUCCUGUCGCCCGGUCUACGGUUUACUAGAUGUGCCUGCCCGUCGGCAGCUGAUGCAUCAGUUCGAGCACGUCAAAGCGGCAUGGAAUAUUGAAGCUGAGGAAAGAGUAUUGCGCCCGAAGAGCGGACAGCGGGGUGCGGCUCGAGAUGUCAUGCUUGCGGAGUGGGCACGGAGAGAGGCUGAAGCGCAGCCCCCUUCCCCUUCACCCCGCUCCUGA